CAGUUUCACUGGAUUAAUUAUUUUCUUAGUAGGAUUUGUUUUCAGCAAAUCUUUAAAGUAGGUAUGAGUAGAUUGAAAUACGGUCAUUUAUCUGAAGUGAAAUUUGAAAAUUAAAAGUGAUUAAGCACAGAUAAUAUUAGAUAAUAUGGCGUCGAAGUUUUGCUGAAGUUGCCGACCGACGUCUUGUAGAAAAUUUUCUGUCUCUGGCCGAGGGGCGUUGGCUUCGUUAUACCGCUUCUUUGCGUUCAAGUGACAUUAGUUCCGUGUUUCUUUGCUUUCAAGUGACGUUAGUAAAACGCGUGCAGAGUGGAGAAGGUGCUGUCUAAGAAUAUGGAUUACCUUUCUACCAAAACCUGGUGCGAGAAACAAAACUUGAGAAUAUAAGAAGAAAUAAAGGCUUGUAACAAUUCUUCAGUCAUAAAGGUUUACGACCUGGGACCUACGUAAGGUGUACACUACUCGGAAUACAUGAUUAACUGGUUGGCGUCGAUGCGUGCGUUCUGUGGUGGACAUCGGAGGGAAGUCGUCACUUGCUCACUUUUGAAGUCUCAGUUCCUUCAGAACGCCAGAAAUACAGGAAUAUAUAAUCGUUCAUAAACUUUACAGCUCAGUGAUUCCUACGUACGAUAUAAAAUACCAUUUAGGCACUUCGCCAUUGUAUAUGAAAAAUCUUAUUCUCAUACAGUAAUAUGUCUUUUGAAAACGAAACCACAGAACUUGUAGGUAAUGCCUCAUUUACCAACAUAAACGUGACAAGAGCAGAUGGAAACGGCAUUGUUUUUACCUUGAGCAUACUUGACUCUGUAAUCAUAGCCUUAUACUUACUGAUUUCCAUAUGCCUUGGUCUGUACCUCAGCCGCAAGCACAGAACGGCUGGUGACUAUUUCCUGGCGGGGCGCUCAACAACAUGGCCAUUCAUAGGACUGUCUUUGUAUGCUUCGAAUAUGUCUAGCAUGAUACUUGUAGGACUGGCAGGGGAUGGCUAUAAGACAGGGAUAUCAGUUUACACGUACGAAUGGAUGGCUGCCGUCAUUCUCGCACUCUUUGCCAUGUUUUCUAUUCCCACUAUAUUCAGGUCAGAACUCUACACAUUGCCAGAGUUUUUAGAAAGACGAUUCAGUGCCGCUACCAGAUAUUAUUUCUCUAUCCUCACCAUCUUCCUUAACAUAUUCGCUGACACAGCCGCUGGUCUGUACGGAGGAGCCUUGGUCAUCAACAUGGUAUUUCCCCAGUUGCAGAUAUGGCAUACUAUAGCAAUAUUGGCUGUAGUUGCUGGUGUAUAUACCAUCAGUGGUGGUCUUGCAGCUGUAAUUUACACAGAUGCUCUGCAGGCCGUGACAUUAUUGCUUGGCUCUGUUUUGAUAUCAAUUUUUACUUUGAUUGAGGCAGGGGGCUGGAGCAGGGUAAAGCAAGACAUUCCAGAAAGCUUUUUGAGUAUGGUGCAGCCAGCCUCUGAUCAAACAGUCCCCUGGACAGGCUUUAUAACUGGCCUUCCUCUGCUUGGAAUUUAUUACUGGUGUACCAACCAAACCAUUGCUCAGAGAGUUCUCAGCUCUAAGAGCAUUAAUCAUGGCCGAUUAGGGUGUAUUCUUGCUGCUUUUCUCAAGCUACCCGUGUUAUUCAUAAUGGUACUGCCAGGCACAGUAGCAAGAGUACUUUACCCGGAUCUGGAAAACGCUGAUCUUGUAUAUCCCACUCUCAUGUUCAAACUCUUACCUAUGGGGAUUUUAGGACUUGUGUUAUCAGGAUUCAUCGCAGCUCUGAUGUCCCAGAUAGAUUCCACCCUCAACUCUGCAUCAACACUAGUUACAAUGGAUUUUAUCAAGAAGUUCAGACCGAAUUACUCCGAGCAAAAGCUUAUGAACAUCGGUAGAUUUGUGACGUUUCUAUUUAUGCUAGCAUCUGUCCUGUGGGCACCGCUGCUUGGCAAGUUUGGUUCCAUAUUCCAGUACUUUCAAAGGAUAUUAGCAUAUUUGGUACCACCUGUCGUGGCUGUGUACAUCGGCGGAUUCUUCUGGAAGGGUGCUAAUGCUCGGGGAGCUAUCUUAGGCCUUGUCCUUGGCAAUGUCUGGGGUAUUGCAAUGUUCGUCAUCAUUGAGGUCAUGAAUUUGUUUUAUAUACACUUCCUGCAUGUGUCUGCCAUAUUGUUCGCUCUCAGUUUUCUGCUAAUGGCUGGCGUUAGCCUGACUAGUGGCAAACCAAGUACGGAGGAACAACACAAAGUUACGUGGUCUUCUGAACAGCUGGUUGAAGAUUUCAAGAACCUAAAGGAAGGCCCUGUGUGGAAACACUAUUCCAUUUACCUGAUACUGUUAAUGGUAGUUACAGUUGUAAUAUUGGGAGUUUUUUGGUAGGUUGUUUAAAACUGAUUACUCUUAAAAAUGAAUGAGAGAAUGUAACUGAUAUAUAGCACUGGACAAAAUUCUUCAACAGUACAAGCAAUGGAAGUAUUAAUAAAGCAACGUAUAAAUAAAUAUA